AGUUAGAGAGCAUUCGUCGAGAAUAUCCGGAAAAGGAUAAUUGCUAAUGCGAAUGUACAUAAUUGGAUUGACAAUAGUCAGCGACGUUCGCCUACAUCAACAAUAACUUCAAGUAAAGAAGAAACCACAUACAAUGAAGAUAAUGAUGAAGAAGAGGCUGCACAUUUUUCACCGAGAAGUACACCUACGACGACAUUUAAUGUACCACGUAAUCGUAAACUAAUUCUAUCGUCAUCUGAUUUCAAACAGAGUUUAUGUGAACUAGAAAAUAGAAAUCAUCAUAAAAUUACAGUGAAUGACAUGCCAUUUCAACAACAACAACAAGAACUAGUUGAAGUUAGGGAUGUUACGAACCCGAACCUACGUUCGAAGUUCGGCUUCGUACGGUUCGAGUCCGAGAUCGUUCAGAAGUUCGAAUUCGACUUUAAAUUAACGUUAACGCGAAUUUAGCAGCAAGGCUGACUCGACACGGCUCGUAGAACAUACCUGGAACUUUUUUGAUACUGCAAGUCUUGAACGGAUAUAAUUUCUCAUCUUCUGCCCCCAGUUUCAUGGUGCUUAAUGAAUUAGUAUUGCCUCUAGGAACCAGUGUCUCACACAGGCUGCAACCUGCAACAAUGGGUCAUUUUCAAAACAACCUGGGUUCGUCUAUAUGAUCAUAAUAUUUAACCUUUUAAGAUAUUCUACAUGUUUAAUCUAUCACAUAUAACAGUCUUAUAUCAAACAUUUGUUUCUCUCUCAUGGAGCAGACGUCCACUUUAGAUAUGGUCGGGACCUACAACUUUUUUUUCCUGAACCGAAUCGGGACCAACACUAGAACGAAGAUGUGUUUCGGCUAGAGAUGAGAUGAAAGUGUUUCGAUAGUCUUUUUCGUUCCAUUCUGAAAGUGACGCGUUAUUAUAGGUUUGUUAUUUUCUGUCGUCUAUCGUAUAUAUUUCCUUAGUGAUAGGCGAUUAUUGUUUAUAUAGUUUGUAGUUUGCUCUAAUGCAUAGGCGAUAGUCGUUUAUCCAUGCGAUAGCCGCUUAUUCUUAGCUAGUAGAAGAAGAGAAAGACAAUAAGUUUUAUCGAUAAACAGCAAACUACAGUAGAAGAGCAAACCAUUGUUACGAACUGACAUUGGCUAUUCAUUAACCGGAGAGUUUCAGACACAUAGAAAUACUAUUUGGCACAUACAAACAUGCAAAAUAAUAACAUUCUCAGCAAGCAAAUCACUGAGUUUUACACAUAAAGAAAUCUGUUCAAAAAUUUGCCUCACGAGGGAACCUCUCCCCAUGGUGCUUUGUUGCUGAGAUACUGAAGUUUUAGUCAGUUUUUGCCUAUAGAGCUU